UUUUGUGCACUAUGUUUGCACUGUUAGAGGCCUUUUUAGAUCAGGUUGCAUGAAAUUAGUUCGAGUCUUUUCACUUGUUCAUUGUUGAACAUAAUCUUGCAAGCAAUAAAGUGACCCUUCAUAGUGCCAAAAACCAAAGAUGAUAAAUGAAAAAGCAGUUUAAAAAAUAGUAUAGGAGCACUCAGUUGAUGCAGUAUCUUGACAAUUGAUUUAUGGAGUAGUUUCAAGUCUCAAUCAAUCCUAGUUGUGGGUGUUCUAUUAAAUUAUAAGUUAGGGGAUAAAGUUUUCCAUUUGCCAUUUUUAUAAAAUUAUUGUUCAUUGACAUCUCACAGCUACUUGUAAGUCACUAAACUGUAUCUUCUUUGUAUCCUUUUUAGAUACUCAUUUAUCCCCUUUGAUAGAAGUACAGGAGGCUAAAAAGUAAAAACUGUGUCCAAUUGUUUUUUGAACUUCUUUAUAAGACUAUAAACUAUAAAGUAUCCAUAAAGAUACAAACGGGAUUAUGGAGUAUCCUCAAUGACUUUGAAGCUUGAAUGUAAUGGUAAUUCUUGAAUCUCUCCUUUGAACUGUUUCUGCAUCUGUCACUCUAAUCUAUCUUGUCAGAGCCAAAAAGUCUGUUGAUUUCACACUAAAGUGGCGGAACAAGGGAAGAAAGCAAUGAAAAGAAUACUGGUGACCUUUGACAUAGAUGGAACCAUGAUCCAAAGCACUGGGGCCAACUCUAACCAUUUCUAUCUAGCUUUCUCCCAUGCGUUCCUGCAGGUCUUCGGAAUCCAUGGUACAAUUGACGUUAUACAGGCUCAUGGUUUGACUGAUCGUGCAAUUCUCGUGAAUACGCUUGUCCACUAUGGCAUAUCAUCUGAGGUUGCUACUGAUAAGCUGUCGGAUUUGAUGUCAAAGAUGAUUGAAUAUGCAAAGGCUCACGCCAAAGACCUAGGAGACGGUCUAAAAGUGCUUCCAGGUGUUGAACCUCUUCUUCAAGCCUUGUCAUCAAUGGAUAAUGUGAUCAUUGGAUUGGUUACAGGUAACGUGGAAGAGACUGCAUGGAUGAAAUUGGAUGCAUUGGGUAUCAAGAAAUAUUUUAGUGUUCCGUAUUUUGGAGGAUUUGGGAGUGAUCACAUUGAUCGAUGUCACCUUGUCAAUAUUGCAGCAGAAAGAGGUGAAAGGCUUUUUCCUGGGAAAUUUGAUUUCCGAGUGCAUGUUGGAGAUACACCAAAUGAUAUUAAAGCAGCUGAACUUGGGGGAGCUUUGGCAAUAGGGGUUUGCACGGGAAUUUUUGGAAAGGAGGAGCUGGAGCAAGUCAGUAAUGGAAGUGCCAUCAUUCUCCAAGAUCUUUGUGAUCAUAAAAGCUUCUUUAAAUGUCUAGGUAUUUGAAUGUAGUAUUCUUACGUAUGCUAUCGCUUGAAACAAUACAUAGUAUGACAAUAAUCGUUAUGUUAUCAUGGAGCCAUGGGAUCAUGGAGUUUAAAAAUAUUUACUAUGAUGCUAUAAAUUAACAAUUCUGUGA